AUUGUCGCGGUGUGAAAAGUUGUUAUUACAUUAAGCAUUUGCCAAGGCUGCUGAGGUUUGAUCAUGCUCCUUGUAGAGUGGUCAAACCUGUAAAAAUCAAUGGUUGUCGGUGAAGUUGAGGGUGCUUGUGAGCUGCGGGAACCUGGUGGACCUAGCGAUGGGCAUGCCACUCGGCAGUUUGAUGACGGUGCUAGCUGCACUACCGGCACCGUACCCGAAUCGGCGAACCCCACGAUAGUACCCCAACCCCAGCCCGAACAACAACCGCAAGUCCAACUGCAUAAGCAGCAGCAGCAACAACCGGCGGAGGAGUCGGAGCCUGCGUCGGUAAGAAGCGGUGCCGAGCAAGCCGAAACCCUGCACCCGCCGCAGCAGGGAGGGCGAGGGGAUGGGCAGCAGCAGCAGCAGCAGCAGCCGGAGCAGCAGCAGGAGGAGGGGCAACAGGCGGAGCAGGGCGGUGAGGUAAAUGCCGCUAACGAAGAGGAUGCGGCGGAGCGGGCGGCGAGGGCAGAGGCUCUGAAGCGGGAGGGCAACGAGCUGUUUGGUCGCGGCGAGUGGGACGCAGCUGCAGCCAAGUAUAAUGAGGCCCUGGAUGCUGCUCCCGCAGCAGCCCUCAAGGAGCGUGCCAUCUACUUCGCCAACCUCGCCGCAUGCAACAUUAAAACCCAGCAGUACGCGGCUGCCGUACAAAGCUGUACGGAGGCGCUACAGCUAGAUCCGUCGUAUAAAAAAGCCUACAUGCGCCGAUGCGAGGCUUUCGAGCGGCUAGACGAGCUAGAUCACGCGCUUUCAGACGCCAAGAAGCUUCUAGAGCUGGCGCCGGACAGCAGCUGGGCGAAGAGCAAGGUAGCGGCGCUGCAGCCGGUUGUGGACGAGCGUACGGAGAAGCUCAAGACGGAGAUGCUGUCCAAGCUGAAGGACCUGGGCAACACCAUUCUGGGCAAGUUCGGGCUGUCGACCGACAAUUUCAAAUUCGACAAGGAUCCAAACACGGGAAGCUACAACAUCCGGUUCGAGCGGUGAUGAUGGCUAUAUACCGUCUCGCUGUUCAAAGAGCGGGUCCCGGUGUGUCAUGCUGGCCAGGUUUGUCUCUUGGAUUCCGGAUUGCCGGUACGGGGUUAGUCCGCAGGGCGUUAGCUGCAGGGCUGGCAACUACGUUGUUCCAAUGGGUUCACACUUAACCGGUGUAGGACGACAGGUUUCGAGGCCCGGUGUAGGACGACGGGUUUCGAGGCCAAGUAGCAGCUUUGGAGGCGGUGUAGGGUUUAAACAAAUCGGGGAGGAGGCCGACGAGGUGCAUGCAACAAAGCGCUC